UUUGUGUGUCAAUCGAUGUUGUUCACCUACUACAGUUGAUUGGGUAUGCUUUUUGUUUACAUUAUGAAAUCACUCAAACUUAAUUAAACAUAGAACGCCUGUUGGAAACCUUACAGACCGCAAUGUCUUCCGAAUCAAAUAUUAUGGAGAAUCAGUCCUCAAUUGAUCAGCAGGAUUACUACAAAGAGGUAUUAAGCAUUCCGUACGCUGAAAUUGAACAAGUCGAAAAACUUUUGUGCCAAGUUGCCAAAAAGCAAGAAACAGAUGAAGAAACGGAUGUUGGAAAACGGUCUUCUGAGCAGCUUGUUUGGUGCAAACGAACUAGUACACUUGUUUCAGCAAUUGUCAUAAUGGUACUCGAUUCAUUGGAUGAAUUGUUGCUUUCUCGUAAUCUAAAGGAGAAUGAUUAUGCUGCAGAGGAGAAUACCCGUUUUCAAAAUAUUGUUCGCGUCUUUUCAGAGAACUAUAAAUCCUUUGACAACCCUAAGAUCAACGUCUUUGCGGAGAUUCUUGCACAGGUACUUUUAGGAAUAAAGAUGAGCAUUGCACAGGUAACUGCAAUGCAGGAACUUGAUGCUAAUGGUGCCGAACUACCUGACGACUUAUAUUCACUUUGUCAAACCAUGAUCCAUAACUGUGAGAAUCUGAUUCUUUUAGCUGAAUGUUCACGAAAGCUUGGUAAACGAAGCGGUAAGAAACAAUGGCUUGGUUUGUAUCAAAUAUUCAGCAAGGCAAGCAGACAGCAGCUACAAGACCGGCUAAGUGAAUAUGAGAAGAUAAGUGGUUCUACGGACAAAAGCACAGAAAGUAUGCAAGAUACAAAAGAUUGGGGACAGCAUAACCUCACUGGCGCGAAGAGUUCCUGGAUGAGAGGCGUAUUUUCCAAACUGAAAAAAAAGCAAACUAGUCAAACAGAGACUGUUCCAGUUAACAGACAGGUGGUUUAAAAUUCGAGAAUCACGUAACGAUACUAUUCAUGAAUCCUCCUUAUGAUCCGACUUCUGCUUUUUCAUGUCAUGCGACGGCUUAAGAGCAGAAAUAUGCUUGUUUUGUUUGAUUUUUUCUUUCCGCUAAUACAAUAAUGUCAGCAACAGUAAUGAAAUUCAAUAAAGUUUUGCACUGAAUUGUUUACUCAUACAUCUUCCAUCAAGCAGGUAUCUAACUGUUUCUUUAACUCAUUGCACUUUCCAAAGAAGCGACCAUAAGAUUUAUGACAUUCUGCUAACUCGGCUAUAAUUUUUGCACAUUUUGGAUACUUUUUUUCGUCUAGAAGUGGAUGCAUUGGAACUGAUCAGUUGAAAUAAUUGCUACUACUUCUAAGUACGUGCACAGUAACUAGUUAUUUUAAUAAUAAGUAUUAGAUUUUAAAACCGCA